CCCUUCCUUCAGAACUUGGGCUUUUCAUUUAGUCCACCGUCCCAGCGACCAAAGGUCGAAGCGUGCCCGAGGGCUUGGGGUCCAAGCUUUGUCCAGUCCGGGACGCCCAUGGCGUCGGACGAUGAGGGGCACACCAACGGCGCCCCAGCUCCGUCGGACCUGUCGGAGAUCUUGGAAUUCAGCGUGAACACGGAAUCAUCAGGUGACAUCGAUCCAACGGAGCCACGAGAGCGCCCGACCACUGAAGGAUUGGUCGACUUCAUGUCCAGGAUCGAGGUGUCCUGCCCCAGUGUGGUGCGAGCAGUGCCAUGUCAUGAAGCCCUGUCGUGGUUAGGGUAUGCUUUGCGCGCCAGCCACGCCGACCCAUAUCUGCAUCUCAAAAGCAGGCAAGUGGAGGAGAUCCAAGAGUUUUGGUCACACUCCUGGCACUCAUUUGCAUGGAAGAAGAUUUUGUGCCUCCUUUGGCUCAAGAAUGGCAAGGCGGCGAGCAUUAUGAGUGCAAUCGCUGCAACCACUGGGAUGGUGUUAUCCUACUUGGAUGUCCUUCCAGUCCUGGUCCUUGCACAAGGACCAAUGCCAGUCUGCCUGUGGAGCCAAAUCAUUGGACUCAUCGUAUUCUUCGCCACUGUUUUCCUUUGGCGCCGUAAAGAAGAGAUCUUCCUGGAUUGUUGCUGCAUUGAUUCGACCAACGGAGACAUGAAGGUCCAGGCGAUCCGCAGCAUCGGCGGGAUCUUGAAGAGGUCUCAGCGUUUGCUGUUGCUGUGGGAUCCGACCUAUGUGGAACGGCCGCUUCGUCGGGCUGAGCCGGCAAUGGCCGCGUCGUUGGUGAAUGUGGUGUUUGUCCAGUGCCGGCGUCCAGUUCCCUCCAGGCUUUUGAGGUUUUGGUGCAUCUUCGAGGUGGCCGCCUUUGUGAAGAGUCACCAGGGCGACCGGUCGCCCCACCCAUCCGCAGCCGUGUUUGACUCAGUCUUGGUGCGGCCCAUGUUGCUGGGACCCUUCAUGCUGGCCUUCAUGGGUAGCACCGCCGUUUUGCUGUUCUUGGUCUCUAUUUUGACGGCUGCAGACAUACGAGGCCUGUCAGCGACCGGAGCUACGGCCGCAUUGAUGCUGAUCGUGAUGUACGCAGCCAUUUGGACCGGCAUCAGCUACUAUCAUUCAGUGGAAGUCUUCAAGGAGCAGAUGAUGCACUUCAAGCUGGCAAAGACCAAAUGCUGGUGCUGCAGCAACAAUCACACCAUGCCAGAUGGACGAAUCAUCAACUGCGACCGGGAGAUCGUCUCCAAGUGUUUGAUCCCUUGGUUCGGAGGCCUGGAGGAGUUUGAAUCGGCCGUGGCACAAGAAUUGGCGACCGCGGUGCCCAAACAGCUUGGAGAGCAUUUGGUGCCCUGGAAUUUUCUGCUCUCUUGCACCCUUCCAGUGCUUUGGUUGUGUCAGGACAUGUCAGUCUCAUACCUCAAGAACGGGAACCCUGAUUCGGCAUUGCAUUGGAUCGUGGCGAGCGGUGGAUACUGGCUGGGUUCCGUGCCAUUGAUCACUGCGUGGGCCUUCUUCCUGGCAAAGAAGAUGAUCAAGGUGUACUCCAGGUGCGGUAGUCAUGCUGCAACUUUCUUGGUGGUGAUCUUGAUUCUGCCCGUCUUCCUGGUCACUGUAGGAUUUCCAUCGUUCUUGGAAGAUCAGCACUUGAUGCCUUCUUGGGCCAAUGUCACGACCUCCACCGUGAUCCUUUCAUUGCUUGGUGUGGUGGUGUGGCAUCCUUGCUUGGUCGGCACACAGAAAUGGAAUGAAGAGAAGCCUGAGGAGACUCAGGAGGUUGUGGAGACCUCCGCGAUUGAAGGUCAUGCUGCACAGCGCAGUGACUUCAGAGUGUCACUUUAAUCAUUCUCCACUAGAUAGAUCUGUAAAAACAGUUCAUGUUUCAC